AUGUCUCCAAGAUCUGGUCUCUUUGAAUGAAGCCACGUCUCUGGGUAACAUCUUCAGGGAGAAAGAUACAGGAAGUUCCUGUACCUUCUGAACACAGGGAGCCCACAUGAUGGUUCAAGAAGGGCAACCUCGAGGUAGAGAGAAAGGAGUCUACUGGUCUCUGAAGUUCUGGUCUGUUGCUGUGAUUUCCAUCGUACUCCUCAGUACUUGUUUCAUCGUGAGUUGUGUGGUGACUUACCAUUUUACAUAUGGCAGAACUGACAAAAGGCUGUCUGAACUACACACGUCUCAUUCAAGUCUAACCUGCUUCAGUGAAGGGACAAGGGUGACAGAAAAAGUCUGGGGAUGUUGCCCAAGUAUGUGGAAGUCAUUUGGUUCCAGCUGCUACCUCAUUUCUACUCAAUACAAUGUUUGGACGAAGAGUGAGCAGAACUGUGUUGAGAUGGGGGCACAUUUGGUUGUGAUCAAUACAGAAGCAGAGCAGAAUUUCAUUAUCCAGCAGCUGAAUGAAUCAUCUUCUUAUUUUCUGGGGCUCUCAGAUCCACAAGGUAAUGACAACUGGCAAUGGAUUGAUCAGACACCUUUCAAGAAAAAUGUCAGAUUCUGGCACCAAAAUGAGCCCAAUUUUUCUGGAGAGCAGUGUGCUACAAUAGUUUUCUGGAAACCUGGAAGAUGGGGCUGGAAUGAUGUUUUCUGUGACAGUAAGAGGCAAUCAAUAUGUGAAAUGAAGAAGAUUCAGUUAUGAGCACUGCUACCAUUAAAACUGGGACCUAUCAUGAAAUGAUAAUUUCUUUUUAUAAGUUGCAUGUAAUCCUUGAGUGCAUUGGAUGCUUGUUUUUCCAUCCUGUGAUACUUUACUAAAGAUAAUGUUUUCCAACUCUAUCCAGGUUAAUACAAAAGAUGUAAAGUCUUCAUUUUUUUUAUGGCUAAAUAGAAUUGCAUGGUGUACAUAUUAAUUCAUGGAUUGAUGGGCACUUGUGUUGUUUCCACAUCUUGGUGAUUGUGAAUUGAGCUGUGAUAAACAAUCUAGUGUAAAUAUCCUUUUGAUAAAAUGAUUUUUUUUUCUUCUGGGUAGAUGUCUUGUAAUAGGAUUUCAGAAUAAAAAUGGAAGGUCUAUUUUGAGGUCUUAGAGAAUUCUCCAUACUUCUUUCAAAGAGGCUAUAUUAGUUUGCAAUUUCACCAAGAGUAUAUAAAAGUGUUCCUUUCUCUCCACAUCCAUGCCAGCAUUUGCAGCUAUGGGACUUUGUGAUGUGUGCUAAUCUCAUUGAGGUUAGGUAAUAUAUCAGGGUGGAUUUGAUUUACAUUUCUCCGAUAUUAGAGAUGAUGAGCAUAUUUUCAUAUGUUUCUUUGGGCAUUCAUCUGUAUUCUUCAGAGAAGGUUCAUGUCUCUUGCCCAGUGAAUAUAAAAUACUUUAAAACAAAUUGCAUAAUUAUUUAAUAAAUAUUGAGCUUACUAGUGGGUGUAUUUGUGCAUGUUGUACAAUAUAUGAUAAAAAUUAUGUCAUUCUUUUCCAUUGCACUGAAAAUAGCAUAAUAUAAGAAAAAAAGGAACCCACUACCUAAACUGAGCCUGGCUUGAUUCCUGUUCAAGGUGUCUGGCAGUAGGAGGCAGCAGCCUAUGAAGCACUAAGCAACUGAGGAAAGGGUUGAGAAGCUGAUAGCACCUGGACUCAUAUAGCAACUUGUACAGUUUUUGCUAUGACACAUAUGCAGAUUCUAGCAUAUUUUUCCACUUUGAGUAGAAAUUUGGAUAAAAAUUUUUGUAGGUUAGUUUAGCAAAUAUCUGGAUAUUGAGACUUCAUAUAGAAAGAAAUACCUGCAUUUUAAAGCCUCAGAUUAAGUACAUACAAUAUUAGAAUUAUUACUCGUAGUUGGCAAAUUACAUUUUUUUUUUUUUUUUUUUUGAGACAGAAUCUCAAGCUGUUGUCCUGGGUAGAGCGCUAUGGCAUCACAGCUCACAGCAACCUCCAACUUCUGGGCUUAAGCGAUUCUCUUGCCUCAGCCUCCCAAGUAGCUGAGACUACAGGUGCUCGCCACAAUGCCCGGCUAUUUUUUGGUUGUAAUUGUCAUUGUUGUUUGGCAAGCCCGGGCCAGAUUCAAACCUGCCAGCUCUGGUGUAUGGCUGGCGCCUUAGCCGCUUGAGCUACAGGUGCCAAGCCUAGCAAAUUAAAUUUUUUAAUCAUUAUGAAGUCACUUUCUUUAACUUGAGUAAUGCUUUUGGCUUUACUUUUUCUCCUGAUAUUAAAAAAGAUGCACUAAAACAAAUAAAAAAUAUAUACUGAAAAAUGAAACACAACUUUAGCUUAGGAUGAAGGAGAGAAGGGGAGAGAGAGGGGAGGGGUGGGGGUGAGAUGGAUAGUAGGGGAUAGUAGGGGGACCACACCUAUGGAACACAUUGCAAGUAUAAUUUGGAUCUAACAUGUGUAGAACACAAAUGUCCUAAUGCUAUAAUUGGGUAAAUGAGGUGAAAGCUAUGUUGAUUAGUAUGAUGUAAGCACUCCAAUUUGUACAAAUAAUCAACACAUUUAUGAAAAUGGCAUAAAUGUAUUUAUGAUCUAUGUACAAAAGACUUAAUAAAAAAAAUAAUGAACCUAACUCCAAAAAUAAAUAAAUAAAUAAAAUUUAAUCUUUACAGUUAAAAAUAUAUAUAUACUAAAUUUCUUUAGGUUAAUAUUAUAACGUAUUUUCUCUUUUUAUCUUUCAUUAUAGUUUUGAUUUUUUUGAUCUUUAUGUUUUAUGUGUGCUACUUAAAAAAAACAUAUAGUUAAAUUUUUA